AUGGCGGACAAUAGCAAACUCAAGAAGUUCCUUGACGAUAUCAGCAAGGGUUCCCUCAACUACUUUCCCCCCGAUUCAGAGGCUGUCGGCUUCGACUCGGGUCCCAGAGCAAGGGUUGCAGCCAAGCUCUUUCGCGACAUUCUGGGCGCUUUGAAAGCACUAGGCGUACACGACGAGUGGAUCCCAGGCACUCUUGACCACUUCAACGACUCGCUCCUUAUCCAGGGCAUCUCCUUCGUCAUCUGGCGGUACAGCCAGGAGGACCCGGACGAUGCCGUCGAGAGGUACAAUAAAUUCGUCCUUCGCAUGAACACGUACUACCAGAGCUUGGUUGCGCCGACGGCCAAGAGCACCGCCAAGCUCAGCAAGGAGGAGAAAGAGGACGUGGACAACUACUAUAAGAACUUCAAGUACGUCGCCCACCUGGCGACGGAUAACAGUCCCUAUUGGAAACACAUCACCAAGAAGCCCAAGCAGCGGCGGGAGAUCAUGGAGCUUGCUGUUACGGUGACCUCGACCAUGCAUGGGCAAAACUCGCCGUUCCAUGACGACUCGCAGAGAGUGUGGGAGGAAAGAAUGCCGGUGGAGGACGAAGAAUAA